CGAAAAAAAAGUCCUCAAAAGGUCGUCCUCGUCCCGUUCGACGAUCAGAUCACGGCCUCGGUCUCAAUAAUCUCUUUCAACCUCUUCCCGCACUCGAUUGCUUCCACGACCCCAUUCUUCAUCUCUGCGUGAGCCUGCCAGUCACUGUACGAACCUGUGUUUUGCCGUGCGGUUGCAGUUCAAAUCAAGUUGUGUUUUCACUGUGACGUACGCGCUGUGGUCACAAAGGACAUCAUUCUCACCUCCAUCACAUGCAAUAAUCGAGAACUUUGCCUUGCCGCUGGAUGUCACUCACCGCGGCGAACAACCUAGAUAUCCAGCCUAUUGCUUUCUUUUUGCUGCUUUCCCGCUCUACCGCCAUUCCCACUCCCGUUGUACUUCUGAUCCUCUGGGAGAAUUGGCAUUGGCCUUGCAAACUCAUUCGAGCGUUGCUGAGACGACACACUGAUUCUUUCUUUUUUCUCUGCUAGUGUCAUUGACUUUGCGAAAUUCACUCCUUCCUCGCACAGCCUGUCAUAGGACUCACUCAAGCGAGCAAUAUUUCCAACCGAUACUCCGCCAGAGUCGCAUCCUAUAGCCCCCAAUCAAGCGAUUUGCCUCGGCGACCGCGCCGAAAGAAUGGUACAAGUCGCGUUUGCCGACAGCAACAGCAUCCAAGUGAGUGACAAUGGGGAGGAGGAGCUGCCCUUCAGCGUCUUCCCUUACCAGGAGACAUCGGAAAACAAAUCAUGGGCCGGCACACUCCCUCUCAAGCAGGCUCUGUACGACCCUAGCCUAGAGAAGGAUGCUUGCGGUGUUGGAUUCGCUGCACACAUAAAGGGCAACCCGAGCCACAAGAUCGUGACAGAUGCGCGCAGCCUUUUGUGCAACAUGACACACCGAGGCGCCGUUGGUUCCGAUGCUCGGGACGGAGAUGGAGCAGGUGUAAUGACCAGCAUUCCUCACAAGUUCUUUUUAAAGAAUUUUGAGCGUGAGCAGAACAUCAAACUUCCAAAUAUGGGACAGUAUGCAGCUGGCAACCUGUUUUUUAAGCCUGAUGAGUCGGUUUUGAAACAAACAAUCGACACCUUCGCCAGCGUGGCCGAUGAACUUGAUCUUCGUGUGCUAGGCUGGCGAGAGGUUCCUAGAGAUUCUACUUUGCUAGGUCCUGCCGCUGCUUCACGCGAACCCAUCAUCCUUCAACCUUUCGUUGUCCUCAAGUCCGCAUAUGGUGAUUCAAAUGAACCAAAGUCGACUUUUGCCGAAGACUUUGAUGAAGCUUAUUUUGAAAGACAACUCUACCUUCUACGCAAGCGAGCAACACACGUCAUUGGUUUGCAAAAUUGGUUUUACCUGUGCUCGUUGAGCAAUAAGAACAUCGUCUACAAAGGCCAACUUUCUCCUGUUCAGGUCUAUGAGUAUUACCAUGACUUGGUAAACGUAGACUAUGAGGCACAUUUCGCACUGGUUCAUUCACGAUUCUCCACCAACACCUUUCCGAGCUGGGAUCGUGCUCAACCUCUACGCUGGGCUGCCCACAACGGUGAAAUAAACACUUUACGUGGCAACAAGAACUGGAUGAGAGCCAGAGAAGGCGUGUUGAAGUCAAAGCUUUUUGGAAAUGAACUCGACCUUUUGUAUCCCAUCAUUGAGGACGGUGGGUCGGACUCUGCUGCAUUUGACAACGUCCUGGAACUGCUUACCAUUAACGGCGUGCUUUCUUUACCCGAAGCUGUCAUGUUGAUGGUACCAGAGGCUUGGCAAGGUAAUCGCUCAAUGGAUCCCGCAAAGCAAGCUUUCUAUGAGUGGGCAGCAUGCAUGAUGGAGCCUUGGGAUGGUCCAGCCUUAUUCACAUUUUCGGACGGGCGUUACUGUGGCGCCAACCUCGACCGCAACGGUCUGCGCCCUUGUCGAUACUAUAUUACCGAUGACGAUCGCAUCAUUUGUGCUUCCGAAGUUGGCACAAUUCUCAUAGAUCCUGAGCGAAUCGUACAGAAAGGACGCUUGCAGCCAGGACGAAUGUUGUUGGUGGACACUGUUGCUGGCCGCAUUGUUGACGAUACAGAGUUGAAGCAGACAGUCGCAAGUCGCCAUAAUUUCCGCGCUUGGAUUGACAAGCAUUUGCUUUCCCUGCCACAGAUUUACAGUGAGCUCGCUGAUAGAGGUGUCGAUUUGUCAUACGCCCUAUCUGAAACAAAAGUUCAGGAAGACCCUAGGCUUAAGGCGUUUGGAUAUUCCCUUGAACAGGUGAGCUUACUCUUGGGGCCCAUGGCCGCUGAUUCCAAAGAAGCUUUGGGCUCUAUGGGUAAUGAUGCGCCUUUGGCCUGUCUGGCACAACAACCACGUCUUUUAUACGAGUAUUUCCGGCAGCUGUUCGCCCAGGUCACCAAUCCACCCAUUGACCCCAUCCGUGAGGCAGUGGUCAUGUCCUUAGAAGCAUAUGUGGGUCCUCAAGGCAACUUGCUGGAAAUGGACGAAACGCAGUGCGGACGUCUACUUUUGCCCUCACCAAUUCUUUCUCUCGAAGAGUUCAGAGCAUUGAACACUAUUCAGCAGUUGUAUCCUGGUUGGAGUGUAAAGGUUAUUGACAUCACGUUUCCCAAAAGCGAAGGUAUUCAAGGAUAUUUUAAUGCUUUGGACCGCAUCUGCGACACUGUAGCGGAGGCGAUUGAAGAAAAUUACAGCAUCCUCGUACUUUCGGACCGUGCUACUUCCGCACAACGUGUCGCGGUCUCUACUCUAUUAGCCACUGGUAUGGUCCAUCACUAUAUGGUCAAAAAUCGGUGGCGAGCGAAGGCAGCGCUAAUUGUGGAGACUGGCGAGGCACGCGAAGUGCACCACAUGUGCGUCUUGGUUGGAUACGGCGCCGAUGCUAUUUGUCCAUACUUGGCGAUGGAAUGCAUUCUGAAAAUGAAACGCGAAAACCUAAUUCGCAAGCCACUUACAGAACAACAGCUAAUUGAAAAUUACAAACACUCUUGUGACGGAGGUAUUCUCAAAGUCAUGAGCAAAAUGGGUAUCUCGACAUUACAGUCGUACAAAGGUGCCCAAAUUUUCGAGGCACUCGGAAUCGAUGACUCCGUUGUUGAUCGCUGUUUUACAGGCACAGCGACUCGAAUCCGAGGUAUGACCUUUGAGCUCAUUGCGCAGGAUGCAUUCGCGUUACAUGAGAGAGGUUUUCCAACGCAUCCCAUUGUAGAAGUUCCUGGUCUUGCUGAAACUGGUGAAUAUCAUUGGCGAGAUGGUGGUGAGCCUCAUGUGAAUGAUCCAACGGCUAUUGCAAACAUACAAGAUGCGGUUCGCACGAAGAAUGACAAAUCGUACGAAGCAUACUCUCGCGCCGAACUCGAGCGUAUCAAAGACUGCACUCUUCGAGGUUUGCUUGACUUCGAUUUUGAGCAAAGACCGCCCAUUCCUAUUGACCAGGUCGAGCCAUGGACCGAAAUCGUCCGUCGAUUCUGUACUGGUGCCAUGUCGUAUGGAUCAAUAUCAAUGGAAUCACAUUCUACUUUAGCUAUAGCAAUGAAUCGGCUUGGUGGCAAGUCUAACACAGGUGAAGGAGGCGAAGAUCCAGAGCGGAGUCUCCGGUUGGAAAAUGGUGAUACCAUGAGGUCGGCCAUUAAACAAGUCGCUUCUGGCCGUUUUGGAGUUACCUCAAACUACCUCGCAGAUUCUGAUGAGCUUCAGAUUAAGAUGGCACAAGGGGCGAAGCCUGGUGAAGGGGGCGAACUACCGGGUCAUAAAGUCUCUGGACCUAUCGCAAAGACUCGACAUUCUACGCCAGGUGUGGGACUGAUCUCGCCUCCACCUCACCAUGACAUUUACUCUAUUGAGGACCUCAAACAGCUCAUUUACGAUUUGAAGUGCUCAAACCCGCGCGCUCGUGUAUCUGUAAAACUUGUCUCCGAGACUGGCGUUGGUAUUGUCGCAUCUGGUGUAGCCAAAGCUAAAGCUGAUCACAUCUUGAUUUCGGGUCACGACGGUGGCACUGGUGCAUCCAGGUGGACCGGAAUCAAAUAUGCAGGCUUACCAUGGGAGCUUGGUCUCGCCGAGACACAUCAGACGCUUGUCCUGAACGAUUUACGUGGUCGAGUUGUCGUCCAAACCGACGGUCAGAUCAGAACGGGACGGGAUGUUGCAAUCGCCUGUCUCCUUGGGGCUGAAGAGUUCGGCUUUGCUACGACGCCUCUCAUUGCCAUGGGCUGUAUUAUGAUGAGGAAAUGCCAUCUUAAUACAUGCCCAGUUGGUAUUGCGACCCAAGAUCCUGAACUAAGGAAGAAAUUCACCGGCACUCCGGAGCACGUGAUCAAUUUUUUCUAUUAUGUGUCCAAUGAGCUCCGAGCGAUCAUGGCUAAGCUCGGAUUUAGAACUGUCAACGAGAUGGUUGGAAGAUCUGAGGUUCUACGAGUUAGAGAUGACUUACGAUCCCCCAAAACAGAGAACAUUGAUUUGUCUUUGAUCUUAACUCCAGCACAUACACUUCGACCAGGUGUCGCAACUUAUAAUGUCCGCAAGCAAGAUCACAAGUUGCACCUCCGUCUCGACAACAAGCUCAUUGCCGAGUCUGAGCUUGCUCUUGAGAAGGGCCUUCCUACCAGAAUCGAAUGCGAUAUUAUCAAUACUGAUCGCGCUCUUGGGGCCACACUUUCAUAUCAAAUAUCAAGGCGCUACGGCGAAGCUGGUUUACCAGCAGAUACAAUUCACGUUAAUAUCCGAGGUUCUGCCGGUCAGUCGUUCGGCGCAUUCUUAGCUCCGGGUGUGACAUUGGAACUUGAAGGUGACGCCAAUGACUAUGUUGGCAAGGGUCUCUCUGGUGGGCGUUUGAUCGUCUAUCCACCUCGCACUGCCGUUUUUAAAGCUGAAGAAAAUAUACUAAUUGGCAAUGUCUGCCUAUAUGGUGCCACAAGCGGAACCUGCUUUUUCCGAGGUGUUGCGGCCGAAAGAUUUGCCGUGCGCAAUUCUGGUGUGAUAGCUGUUGUCGAAGGUGUUGGUGACCAUGGUUGUGAAUACAUGACUGGCGGUCGUGUGCUCGUACUUGGCCCCACUGGUCGCAAUUUCGCUGCUGGCAUGUCUGGAGGCAUAGCAUAUGUUCUCGACAUGCACCAUGACUUCGAGGGCAAAGUCAAUCAAGAAAUGGUCGAGCUUUCUGGGAUCGAUGAUCCGUCUGAGAUUGCAUUUGUUCGCGGCUUAAUUGAGGACCAUCACCAUUACACUGGCUCUGAAUUGGCUGCUCGCAUUCUCCUUGAUUUCAGCCGGGCACUUCCACGAUUUGUCAAGGUUCUACCAACGGAUUACAAGCGUGUUCUUGAGGAAGAGGCGACCAAGGCAGCUGCUGCGAAAAAGAAUGAAUAUUCGCUGCCCAUCUUAUCCAGCAAUGCAGCUCGAACUUUGAACGAGGAAUCUAAGUUAAAAGAAAAUGACUUGGAACCCAAAGAAGACAAAAAACAUCAUUUGCUCGACAUUGAAGAGAGUGUGAGUGAUGUGAAAGCGGAAAAGAAACGCGCUCUGGUCCUUGACAAGACGCGAGGCUUCAAGCUCUACCAACGACGAUCUGAGAAAUAUAGAGAUCCGAGAAUACGGAUCAAGGACUGGGCCGAGUUAUCCAAACGCCUUAAUCAAGAUGAGUUAAAAUAUCAGACAGCGCGUUGUAUGGAUUGUGGUGUUCCCUUUUGCCAAUCGGAAACCGGAUGUCCAAUCAGCAACAUUAUUCCGAAAUGGAAUGAACUUGUUUUCCAAGGCCAGUGGCGUGAUGCACUCAACCGACUGCUGAUGACGAACAACUUUCCAGAGUUUACUGGCCGUGUUUGCCCAGCUCCUUGCGAAGGUGCUUGCGUCCUGGGCAUCAACGAAGAUCCUGUCGGCAUCAAAUCUGUCGAGUGUGCCAUUGUCGACAGGGGUUUCGAAAUGGGCUGGAUAGUUCCAAAUCCUCCAAAGUAUCGAAGCGGAAAACGAGUUGCAAUCAUUGGGUCUGGUCCUGCUGGUCUUGCUGCCGCUGAUCAGCUCAACAAGGCUGGUCAUAUGGUCACAGUCUACGAACGCGCUGAUCGCAUCGGCGGUCUCCUAAUGUACGGCAUUCCAAAUAUGAAGCUUGAUAAAAAGAUCGUUCAGCGUCGUGUGGACUUAAUGGCAGCAGAGGGGGUCAACUUUAAGCCCGGAGUGACGGUUGGUGAGGGAGACGUUACUCUUGAAUCACUGCGCUCUUCCAACCAUGCCGUCAUAGUAGCUACUGGAGCUACCGUUGCUCGGAAUCUGCCCAUUCCUGGACGUAACUUGGAAGGAAUCCAUUUCGCAAUGGAGUUCUUGCACAAAAAUACCAAGUCGCUCCUAGACUCUGGUUUAGAGGAUGGUUCAUACAUAUCAGCCAAGGGUAAAAAUGUUGUAGUCAUUGGUGGCGGUGACACUGGUAAUGACUGCAUCGGUACUUCAGUUCGUCAUGGUGCAAAAUCAGUCAUCAAUUUUGAGCUCCUCCCCCAACCUCCUCCAGAACGAGCCAAUGAUAAUCCUUGGCCGCAGUGGCCUCGUAUCUACCGGGUCGACUACGGUCAUGCCGAGGUCAAAACACACAUGGGCAAAGAUCCACGAGAAUAUUGCAUCAUGUCGAAAGAUUUUGUAGAUGACGGCGAAGGCAGAGUCAAGGGGAUCAAUACCGUACGCGUUGAAUGGACAAAGAGCGCAACAGGGGGAUGGGAUAUGAAGCAAGUUGAAGGAAGUGAACAGUUUUUCCCCGCUGAUCUUGUUCUUCUGUCAAUGGGCUUUCUAGGACCCGAGGAACGUGUUCUCGAUGGAAAAAUUGAGCUGGACGGACGCAAAAACGUCAAGACUCCGCCUGGACAGUACAGCACGAAUUUACCAGGAGUCUUUGCUGCGGGUGACUGUAGACGGGGCCAAAGCUUAAUUGUUUGGGGUAUCAACGAAGGACGUCAAUGCGCUCGAGACGUUGAUUCGUUUCUCACUGGAGUUGGCUCGCAGCUGCCUGUCACUGGUGGUAUUGUGAAGCGACCGCCCUACGAACUCCUUAAUAAGAUCGAGAACGCCCCUCGUAAGAACCUGAUAACCGCGGAAACACAAUGAUAGAUAAGUAGUAUUUCCAUUCGCAGGAGCUUUAUUGUACUUGUACAAUCAUCAACAAAGUUUCGCAAUUUCCAUAGAGCUUUAUUGAUAUUUCAGUCUAAGCAUUCCAACUUCUUCAAGAAAGCACAAAUGUCAUAACCCCCUUUAGACCUAAACAUUACUAUAUCGACCGCCGCUCAACUGAUGAAGUUCAAAUUUUACGCGUAGGUAAAGAAAAUAACCGAUAAUCAAUAUGCACGGUAUGGCUUUGUUAUAGACCAAGUGCUCUUGUCCUGUUCUGUCUAGAAAAUAUAGCUACAUGCUUAAUACUGACGCCGUAAUGAAAUUCGAGAAAGUAUGGGAAAGAACAGACAUAAAAUCAUACAUUGUUGUUACACCACUCAAUUACUGUAUCAGUCGAAAUGUUCGUCGAGCCUACCAGUUCCUGUGGACAUUCUACGAGACUAUCUAUAAUUGUGCCCUGGUAAAACCUCAUAGAUCUGGGCUACAUGAUUGCACGAAACUUCACAACAGAGAGCAGCGGCCAACAUUCAGGAUUGUCUACCUGCAUUGCACCUGCCUCUAUAGCGCCAGCGCCAGCCUUAUACGUAACACUGUGUAUCACAACGAGAAAC